AACGGACAUCACGCUCAUUCCAUAAUUUCCCUCCACUCUCAACUCCUCACCGGAGCAACAACCGUCAAACUUCUCCGACCACCGUACAACCUCAAUCGCCACUCGCCGGAGAAGUUUCUGAAACCGCGUAAUCGAACGAUUCGGAGUAGUGACGGCGAUGGCUGAUUCAGACAAUGAAUCCGGAGGAGCACCGAACGCCGGCAACAGCGAGUUAUCACCACGAGAACAAGACCGAUUUUUACCAAUAGCAAACGUGAGCAGAAUAAUGAAGAAGGCGUUACCAGCAAACGCGAAGAUCUCGAAAGAUGCUAAGGAAACGGUGCAGGAAUGUGUAUCGGAGUUCAUCAGCUUCAUCACCGGUGAAGCUUCCGAUAAGUGUCAGAGAGAGAAACGAAAGACGAUCAACGGCGACGAUCUACUUUGGGCGAUGACUACGUUAGGAUUUGAAGAGUACGUUGAACCGUUGAAGAUUUAUCUUCAACGAUUCAGAGAGAUCGAAGGUGAGAAAACCGUUGCUGCACGUGAUAAAGAUGGUGUUGCUCCAUCUUCUUCUUCGUCUUCAGUUUUUGAUUAUGGUGCUCCUCCUCCUCAAGUUGGAUUGAUCAUGCAUCAUCAGCAUCAGGGACACGUGUACGGUUCUGGUGGUUUUCAUCAAGUGCCUGGUGGGCCUGUUUAUCCUAAUGCUGGAUCUAAUGCGGGUAGACCCAGGUAGAUAUGGUGUGGACAAGGUUUUUAGUGUUUAUGAAGAGUCUUGGACUCAUAAUUGUGGGACUAAUUAAGGGUUUUAAUUUAAUCGUGGAGCAUUAUUAAGCAAAAGUGGAGAUUCUAAUUUUUUGCUUAUUAUUGAUUGUAAAACACACUAACUCAGUGGUGAAUCAGAAAGUGGGUCAGUAGUUGUAUUGCAAAUGUUGUUGUACAUUACAAAUUAAUAGUGCUUUCUUUGCUUUUUUGUA